GUCAUAAUACUUUAGUACACUAAAUAAAAUAAUUUUUUUUUUUGUUCAACUAUGAGUAGUAAAGAAGAAAUUGAAGAAAAUAGUAUUAGUGAAGGAUUGUUAUUAAGAAGAAAUGGUAGUAAUGGAGGGGGAAGUAGUGGAUCAUUAAGAUGGGUUGAUGGUAGUGAAGUAAAUGAUAAUCAAGAAGAAGUUUAUGAUAAAAAUGAAGAGAUUAUUAGAAAAAGUAAUUAUGGAUCUGUUAGAAGAAGGCUUAAAAAGCCUAGAAGAGUGGAUUCUUUGGAUGUUGAAUCUAUGCAAAUUAAAGGAGUGAAUGGUGGUAGCCAACAUAAAAAGGAUGUGCCUCUUUUAGCAACUCUUUCUCUAGCAUUUCAAACACUUGGUGUUGUAUAUGGUGAUAUGGGAACAAGCCCUUUAUAUGUUUUCUCAGAUGUAUUCAGUAAGGUUCACAUCACUUCAGAAGUUGAUGUCUUAGGUGCAUUGUCGAUUGUGUUAUACACAAUCGCGCUCAUUCCUCUAAUGAAGUAUGUGUUUAUCGUGCUUAAGGCCAAUGACAAUGGAGAAGGAGGAACGUUUGCGUUGUAUUCAUUGAUCUGUAGGUAUGCAAAUGUCAAUCUUCUUCCUAAUCGUACGCCUGCUGAUGAAUGUAUCUCGAGUUUUAAGCUCAGAUUGCCUACUCCAGAGCUAGAAAGGGCUGUGUAUAUAAAGGAGAUAUUGGAACGUAAAUCGUUGCUGAAAACGAUUCUAUUGCUAUUGGUUCUGAUGGGAACAUCAAUGAUUAUAGGGGAUGGUAUCUUGACACCAGCAAUAUCAGUUAUGUCUGCUGUUAGCGGACUGGAGGGUAGGAUACCGGGAUUUAACACAGAUGCUCUUGUUAUAAUUUCAAUUAUCAUCCUUGGCGCGUUGUUCAGCAUACAGAGAUUUGGUUCAAGUAAAGUUGGUUUCACUUUUGCUCCUGCUCUAGCAUUGUGGUUCUUCUGUUUGGGGUCGAUAGGAAUCUACAAUCUGCUGAAGUUUGAUGUUACUGUUAUAAGGGCUGUAAAUCCAGCUUAUAUCUAUCUGUUCUUCAAGAAAAACUCGACCAACGGAUGGUCAGCUCUUGGUGGCUGCGUAUUAUGCAUCACAGGAGCAGAAGCAAUGUUUGCGGAUUUAGGUCAUUUUUCUGUGAAGUCUAUACAGAUUGCCUUCACGAGCGUGGUGUUCCCCUGCCUUCUGUUGGCUUACUUGGGCCAAGCUGCAUUUCUUAUGAAAUACCCUCAAUCAGCUGGCAGAAUAUUUUAUGAUUCAGUCCCAAAUACUCUAUUCUGGCCAGUUUUUGUGAUAGCAACUAUAGCUGCUAUAAUUGCCAGUCAGGCUAUGAUAUCUGCUUCAUUUUCAUGUGUUAAGCAAGCCAUGGCUCUCGGAUGCUUCCCGAGGGUGAAGGUUAUUCACACCUCAAAAGAGCAUAUGGGCCAAAUCUACAUUCCAGUUAUUAAUUGGUUCUUGAUGAUAAUGUGCAUGCUUGUGGUUGCUGCAUUUAGAAGCACAACAAGUAUAGCCAACGCAUACGGUAUAGCUGAGGUCGGUGUCAUGAUGGUUACGACCACUUUGGUUACAAUUGUUAUGGUACUGAUAUGGCAGACAAAUUUGAUAUUGGCUUUGUGUUUCCCCUUAGUAUUUGGCACAAUGGAGCUUGUAUACAUGUCUGCUGUUUUAUCAAAGAUCUUGGAAGGUGGUUGGCUUCCACUCGUUUUCGCCUCUCUAUUCCUUUGUGUGAUGUAUAUAUGGAACUAUGGAAGUGUAUUGAAAUAUCAAAGUGAGGUUAAGCAAAAAAUCUCAUUGAAUUUCAUGGAUGAACUUGGAUGUACUUUAGGUACAGUAAGAGUACCAGGGAUAGGCUUACUAUAUAAUGAACUAGUUCAAGGCAUUCCAUCGAUUUUUACGCAGUUUCUAUUGGACCUUCCAGCAAUUCACUCUGUAAUAGUCUUUGUGUGCAUCAAGCAUAUCCCAGUACCUGUUGUUCCUCAAGAAGAACGGUUCUUGUUCCGAAGGAUAUGUCCUAAGGACUAUCAUAUGUUUCGUUGUGUAGCUCGAUAUGGCUAUAAAGAUGUCAGGAAAGAAGACCAUCACUUAUUUGAACAACUUUUGGUUGACAGCUUAGAGAAGUUUUUAAGGAAUGAAGCACUUGAUCUUGCUUUAGAAACCAAUAAACAGUCUCAACCUCAGUUUGAUAACAAUGUUGUGAGUCCAAGGGACAACUCUGAUGAGCUUAAAGUACCACUAAUGCGCGAUCAAAGAUUAGAGAUUGGAACAUCAAUCUCAGAACCAUCAAUAACAGCAGCAUCAGGAGAUGAAGAUCCUAGUUUGGAAUACGAGCUCUCAGCACUUCGCGAAGCUAGUGAAUCAGGAUUUACAUACUUGCUUGGACAUGGAGACGUAAGGGCGAAGAAAAAUUCAUGGUUCAUCAAGAAACUAACUAUAAAUUACUUCUAUGCAUUCCUUAGGAGGAAUUGUAGAGGAGGAAAUGCAACAAUGAGAGUACCUCACAUGAACAUAAUGCAAGUUGGAAUGACAUACAUGGUUUGAUCAACCAUCUUGUGUUUGUU